AUGUUCGGGACACAUGUCAGUGAUCGAGACUUCAUACUUAAGCUAUCAGUGGAGGUCAUUACACGCAAGCCUGCGGGAAAAGAAUGGAAAGCUGUUGCAUACAAUAUGAACCAGUAUCUGUUCGAUGAAGGGCUAUGGUACACUCCAUACUACUUCUACUGCGGUCGCAAAUGUCGUUAUUUCUUCAGAAACAUUAUCAUAAAAGAAAGCGCCGGUACACAUUCAAGUUCAUCGACCAACGAAGCAGAAAAUACGCAGUCAGCUGCGCCAGCUACGGAAACCUCAAAUGGUGCUGCUGAACCUCGUAGUAUUGAACCAGUCCCAAUUUUGAAGCGGUAUAUGUUGAAAGCACGGCAAGUAGAGGAAGAAGCUCAACUUGAGUACUGGAGGAAACAGUAUCCCGACGCUAAUUUACCUUGA